AUGAACUCCGUGCCGCCGAGAGCGCAGCGUGCGCGCGCAUUCCCGUCCCCCCGGAAACAGGAGUCCCGGCAGGAAGGUUCCGGGCCCGCCGCCAUCGCUCAGCCGGGCUCCGCGGAGGCAGCGGCCGCUUCUUCCGCAUCGCGUGUCCGUUUCCACCCGCCGGUGACAAUCGUGCCGGAGGCCCUCAGCCCUCCUCCGGGGGAGGGAAGGUCUCCGGACCGCGAAGACAGCCGAGCCGCCGAGCUGGGGGAGGCCGGAGCAACGGCAGCCAGAGACGUCGAUCCGCACGCCCGGCCUGGCCCGGAGCCGCCGCACCCGCCGGCGGAUGAGCGGCUCGGCGCUCCCCCCGUCAGGCCUGGCAAGGCUGCGAUCAGGUCUGCUGAUUUGGGUGCCAGCCUGCUGACCAGGCCUGGACAACCCACACGAGUACCUCCACCUAUUUUGCCACGACCAUCACAGCAGGCAGGGAACAGUAGCCUGAGCAAUUUCAGACCUGCAUACAGCAGUUCCUUUUCUCCAGGCUAUGGCACAUAUGGAAACUCCUUUUAUGGAAACUACAGCCCUUACAGUUAUGGAUAUGGUGGUAUGGGCUAUAACCGGUUUCGUACAGACGAUCUACCUCCCAGCAGAUUUGUUCAGCAGGCUGAAGAGAGCAGCAGAGGUGCAUUUCAGUCCAUUGAAAGUAUUGUGCAUGCAUUUGCCUCAGUCAGUAUGAUGAUGGAUGCGACCUUUUCAGCUGUUUAUAACAGUUUCAGGGCUGUGUUGGAUGUAGCCAAUCACUUCUCCCGACUCAAAAUACACUUCACAAAAGUGUUUUCAGCUUUUGCAUUAGUCAGAACUAUAAGAUACCUCUACAAACGGCUGCAGCGGCUGCUGGGUCUGCGGAAGAGCUCUGAGAAUGAGGAUUUGUGGGCUGAAAGUGAAGGAACUGUGGCUCGCAUUGGCUCAGAGGACCGGGCAGCUAACUCAGCAAAAUCCUGGCCCAUUUUCUUGUUCUUUGCUGUUAUUCUUGGGGGUCCCUACCUCAUCUGGAAGCUGCUCUCCACAUACAGUGAUGACGAAACAGCCUCUAGUAACUGGGCAAACGGAGAUGAUGAUCAUGUAAUUGGAAGAGCAGAAUAUGACUUCACUGCUGUUUCAGAAGAAGAAAUUUCUUUUCGUGCUGGUGACAUGCUAAAAUUAGCACCCAAAGUUUUCUUAUCAGAACAACAACCCAAAGUACGUGGCUGGCUUUUGGCUAGUCGUGAUGGUCAAACAACAGGACUUGUGCCAGCUAAUUACAUCAAAAUAUUGGGUAAAAGAAGAGGUCGGAAAACAGUGGAGCUGGAAAUUAUUACAGAGCAGCAGCCGGCUUUUACCAACACAACACCUGUUAGAGGAGCCACUGAUGCGGAUACUUUAGAGGAGCAAGAAGCUGCCUUUGAAUCCGUUUUCGUUGAAAUGAAUAAGGUUCCCGUUACCUCUGACUCCACUGUGAUAGGUGGAGAUAAACAGGAUCUGUGAUGCACCUGGAUAAAAUUUAGUGAUUGAACUAUACUUAUCAAUAAUCCUUUUGAUAUUCUGAAAAUUGCAGAAGAACACUGUUAGGACUGUAUCAGGUAUCUCGCUGCUGGUAACGGGUGAACAGAUAACGAAAUAAUUUACCCAAACUUUAAUAGCAUGCUUGAUUCACUUAAAGUUGUACAUUUGUGGCCCUGCCCAGCAAACUAUUGGCAAUUGUGAGAUCUCAGGCUGGGGGCAGUUCUGUAGAGGCAACUGGGUAAGCCAAUGUGUUGCAUUUCUAGCAGCUCACUUUGGUCACUUGAAGGAAUAGUGCUGAUGAAUUCUACAGGUAGCAGUGUCCAGUCCUCCUUACUGGAGAAAGAAUUGGCUUGAUAUGAGGCCUUUGAGAGGGGGUGUUGAGAAGGAAAACGGAAGCAUUUCUAGCAGAGGCCUCCAAAAAUUGUAUAUUGAAGAGCCCUUAAAAUACUUCAUUUUUUGGCUGCUUUUUGGUAAAAUUAGUGCUUCCGCUACCGCAAAGAAAAAUGAAAGACUUCAGGCCUUUGUUAUAAAAAGGUGACUAUCUUAAGAAACAAGAUUAGCACUGUGAAGGAAGGUACAUUCAACUGGAGUUGUAAGCAGAUAAAUGCUGUUACCAGUGUUUAUUUGUCCUUUAUUCUAAUGUUGUUUUCAAGAAAGUAUAAGCCGUUUUCCCCACCACCAUUCUGGGAGCUUUUCCUCAUCAGAGGCCGGAGGACCACAUGUUUUAUUCUGAUUUAUAGUGCACAUGCUUUAGGCCCUAUGUAUCUUCCAGCCAAGCACGGUUAAGGAUGCUCAUUUUUUAUCAACAUCUCUCUAGGGCCUAGUGAGCUAAAUUAGCACAGCCACACUUCCAGCCAGGUAUAAUAGCGUAUCAAAUUUUAGUAAUUAUGUAUUUUAACAGCUACAUCUAAACUUCCCGUGUUUCAGUGCAAUUUCUUUUUGAACUUUUGUGAGAAAAUUCAGCCUGAUUUUAACACAGCAGCACUGCAUCACAGAGUGGAUAGGAAACAUCUGUGUUGCCAUUAAAUGGAUGGGGUUUUCUAUUGAUAAUCCCACAAAGUAGGAAACAAGAAAAAAGCUGCCCAUUUCAUUGUAUCAUCACGGAGAUGGAUGAGUUAACUGCUAACUUGAUUGUUCCUGCUGCACUUCAGGCGUUAAAUCUGGCAUUUCCCCAUAAAAUCUGAGGUACAUUGAGAACCACAAUUGCAUAAAGACUAUUAACAAAAUACAUUUUGUGUUCAAAUCUAUUUACUUUUGUGAGCUCUGUACUAAAGUCAUACUUUUCUGGGAAGUAAAGUUAAGUAAAGCUUCAGAUUCCUCUUUCGGGACUCACUCACAUUAAUAUUAGAUUUGAUUAACACAGAAUCAUUUUCAGUUCAGGCUGUAGUUCAGUUCUUUUGGAAUGCUCUUAUAUGCUGUGUUGAACCCUUCAAUGUUAGAACAGAUCAUACAAUUCUAAUGUACUAGAGAAAAGGAAAAAUACUGAUAGCUGUGUAUUAAUAAAUCAUUUCAAUUAAGUAGCCUGUUUCUUAAAAACAAAAACCCACAGCAGCACCCAAGCUAGUUAAACUUGCAUACUUAUACUAGCUGUUCCUGGGGGAAUUCUGUGCCAAAAAAUUAAAAAUUCUGUGCACAAUAUUGCAAUAACACAAUCACGCCGGUUUCAAUUAUUUUGGUAAUUUCUUUCAAAAGACCUGUCAGCAAAUAUGUUUGUAACAAUACAGACAACAGCAAAGAUUCAGGAAAUACUUUUUGACAAAUAGAUUCCUUACCAGGCAUAUGAAUACAUAACUUUCAGUAAUUCAUUUAACCUACAGAAAUGUAUUUCCCACCCCCCUCAGAAGCGGUGCAAAGGUUUGGGAGGAGUCGGGGUAAUGGAGGAGCUGAGGGAGGGGAAAGUAAUUGCUGGGAAGGAGCUUGGGUGUGAACUCGGAGGGUUGUUGGGUGUGGGUGGGAAAAGUAUGGAAUGGAGGUUUUCUGGUCAGGGAGGGAUUGUUAGGGAGCCUCCCCCAUGCAGAUACUGGCUAACGCCUAGCUUCACUCAUUCAGUCUGUGACUCCCCACAACAGCCCCUUAUGCCCCACAUUGUCUGGUCCCCAUAUCCUGUGCCUCCUGAGCUGGUCCCAUGGAGAGGGCACUGUGAGGAAUGCAGCUGCUUCUCUUCCGUAUCCGCAGCUGGGGCUGCUCCCGCCCAGGAGCAGAUGCUCUCUGUCCUGGCGCACAGUGGCUCCGGGUAGGCGAAAGGUGUACGUGCAGGAUUUUUCAGCAGAAUGUAUUUUCAGCUGAGAAAAAAAAAUGUGUGUGGCAGAUGAAUUCUCCGUGUGUAGGAAUAAGUAGCAUAAUGGAUUUUUGGUAGUUUUAAUUCAUGUUUCUAUAGAGAUCUUCAACAUCAGUUUCCAUUGCAAGCUUCAUUAAUAUGUUUAUAUUUUUUAGUGCAUUUGCUAGAGUUAGUACUUAGGCAACUUGUGGUGAACAGAAUUGCUAAUAUUUAGAUAAAACCGUUACAACAAGCUAUUGCUAACCUCAGUUUGGUUAGUAGUCUAAGUGGCUGGUAUACUGGAGCCCUGGAUUUUAGAAUAACCGCUGGACUCUUGCUGUGUACAAUGGCAAGGUUAGGAGCAUAGGAGAUAGGACCCUGGCUCCUGCGGGACAUUGUAGUGAAGCAUUUUUGCUACUGCUUGCUCAGUAAGAUUAUAUGUAGCUGCUCUGGGAGAGGGAAAGGAAAAAACAGCCCACAGUGAAGGGGUGAAUGAAAAACUCUUUGAGCUACACUUGAACCAGUACACAUUUCUGAGAAACUUUUCUCAACAUGCCAAUGCACCAGAUGAGGGAUUAACUAAAAUUUGGAUGGGACUCCCUCUGCUACAGAAAGGAAACUGAGGACUAGGAUGUACAUUAAGAUUGUUAGAAAACUUUACAUCAAAUGUUCAGUUUCUGCCCACAUUCUUUGUUCCUGAUGGGUUUAAUUAUUUUACUAUUGGAGCAUCAAUCUUUCUUGUAUCAAUAAAGAAUUUUAACUGGAGCAGUAGUCUCUUAAAAGAAUAAAGCUUUUUUUAAAAUGUCUGUUAAAUCAGGCAUCUACUUUCCUAAUCAAGACUAGAUUGGAAAACACUUUCAGUUGAACAUUAAUUAGAACUUUUAAAUCUCAUUAAUUUGUAAUAAAGACAUAGUUAAAUUUCACAUCUGAGUUUUUUUGGUCAUGUUCUUUGAAAGUAUUCUCCUGGUAGAAAAGGGGUAGCUUAUAAAUAAUUGGACAUUGACUAACCUGUCUUACUUUGUAGUAGCUUGACUUAGUCUAUCAAAUCACUGUAAAUGUUAUAACUAUGCUUAGAAUUCUGACCUUUCAAUCAUGUUUACUCACUUUAAUGGAAAAGAGGGUUGAGAAAAUGGUGUAGUAAGUUAUAUUUUAUUUUAAAAAUUCUGAAAUUGUAUAGACUAUAAAUGUAUUAAAAUUGAGAUUUUGGCUUUGUUGGAUAUAAAUUAACAUCAGUACAAGAAUGAGUUUAAAAUGGAAUCCUGUGAGCUAAUUAUUUCCCAUAGUAAACUAAUUGUGCAAAUAUGUAAGAACAGAAAGUGUUAAAUAUAUUUUUUAAAACUGCAUUAGAGAUGGGAGUUUUCCUUGGGAAAGAAUAUUAAUAUUUUAGUCUUUAAUAAGAGCCAGGGUAAAAUUCUCAAUAGUGCAUAAAUCCCAUUUUCAGUAGUGACACAGGCACAAAGGAGCCUAAGUCUUAUUGACUUUCAGUGUUGUGAAACUGUAGGGGAAAACUCAGUUAAAAUUACCUACAAACAACAAGCAAUUAGUUUAAACUGUAAAAGUGACAUGUAAAAAUUCACCUUCCACAUUUUACAGACAUCCUUGACUCUGAUAUACAAAACUUGCUAAGGAUCUUUUAGCAUAUCCAUUAUCAAUAUGUAUAGAAUUUUGAAUGCAUGAAUAGUGAUGGAUAUGCUGAGUUUGUACCUACUGUUUGUCAGACAAGGUGGCUUGUGAAAUGCAUACAGUACAUUUUUAAAUGACAAUAGUGUCAUUAACUGCAUGUACAAACUGUCAGAGUACUGGAAUACUUAAAUUACUUUAACUGAUCUUUUCCAUAACUCUGUGGUUAUGGUUUUAUGAAGUUUGCAUAAGGAUUAAAUAUUUUAUAAGGGGACUGAUACAGUACAGAUGUAUUCAGCACUGUACAGUGGCUAAACUAUUCUGAACAAAUGAGGUUUUUUCCUGAGAAUUUUAAUGUAAAAGUAGAAGUCUGUGUAAUAAAAAGGUGGGAUGUGGUCUCAAUGACUAGAAAGCUUCACAAAUAUUAUGUGUGUGUAUCUUAAGGUUUUGGAAGGAAGAGUGCUUUGCCAGCAUUGACUAGGAGGCUGUUCAGGGCUUAAAUGGUAGUAGAAAGAAGUGAAGAUUACGGGAGUAGUCAUGGAUUCAGUGUAUGGAGGAAGGUGUAGGAGAUCAGAAAAAAAAUGUAGGUGAGGACUGCUUGAUUUAUGCAUUAGGCAACUGACUUUCCUAUUCUCAGAGCGCUACUAAAGAUAACACAUCCAUAUUAUUUUUGGGAAAGUACACCUAAGCAACAGAACUUGAAAUCCCUCUUGGGACAUUUAGUUGUAUGUACUUCAUUUAGAUUACCUCUGAAUUUUAAUCUUAAAAUAAUAGGCUCUUUGUGACAUGAACUGUAUCUUCAUAUAUAUAUUUGUACAGUACCUAGCACAAUGAGACCCCAGUCUUGAUGGGGGCUUCAGGGUGCUACUAGAAUACUAAAUAGUACAUACAAAUUCAGAAGACUCAUUCAGGUUUUUGAAUAGUAUUGCAAAUUGAAAGGCAUUACUUUUUGUCCAGCAGAAUAAAGAAUAAAAUAAAAAAUGGAAAAAUAUUAGUCUGUUUUCCUUGCAUAGGCUCAAAAGACUACUCUUCUUAUGGAACAAAAAAGCCUCUGAGCCAGCAAGAUUAUUUUAAUAUGUUUGGCCUCACUAGACGCACUUUACCGGUAUGGGAAUACUAGUAUCCUAUAUCAGUAUAUCAUAGUGUGGACUCAGCUACACUAUCAAAGCUGUCCUUUGUAUCAGUAUCGCAAAACCAACCCCCGUGCAUGAAACAAGCUGUAUUGGUUUAGCAGAACCAUUCAGCUACAGUCUUCCUGACUGUUAAUCAUCAACUUUUCCUCAUUUUGCUGUCAAAGUCAGCAUUAACUGAAUCCGGGAAUUGCUGUCAGGAAAAUGGGGAAUUAUGCUAUUUAUCUCAUUAUGUAUUUGAUUCUAUGUCUAUAGAAAUCAAAGGGAGUUUUGUCACUGACUUCAAAGGAUGCAAGAUCAGGACCUUAAUAUACUGAUUCCGUUUUUUGUAUGCUUGUGUACACUUUUCACAGCCUAAUACAGCACUCAAUGAUGAUCAAGGGAGUGAGAAAAGGACAGGAAUUUAGUAUAGUCUAUAGGUUUACAGCAGUAGGAUGAAAUUAAGAAAAGGAAAAUAAGGUAAAUGAGAAGAAAAAUUCAGACAUUUUUAAUAAAGUAGGCUAGUCUCCCAAGCGAAGUGGUGGGAUACCCUCAUCUGGACACGCUAAAAGUUGAUUGAAAAGAGAAAUGCACCGUAGGGAACAAACCUGCAAUGACUAAUAGAUUAGAUGAAUGAAUAGAUUUCCUAUUUCUAGGAAUCCAUGCAGUUUCAGUGCUCUCACCUGUUUGAAAACGUUUUCUUUUUCUAAUUUUAUUUUAAGAAUGCAAGCCUUCUCUGACAUUCACUUUAACUCAUUUCUUAGUUCGUCCAUCUGCUGCUGAUGUUCUCUGCAAGAAAGGAAAAAAUAAUAAAAUAGCCAGCUACCCUUAGGGACAGAUUGUAAUUUCAAAUGUGUGUUGUGCAUCACUGCAGUUCUAAAACAUUCAUUACUCCAUCUGCACUUUAAAUAUGUAGACUUCUCAAUAUGCUCGUGUGAAAUUAGAAGCUCUUACAGAAAAUAUUCAAAAAGUAAAGUAAAUACCUCCUUUGGGGUUUUUUGGAAGCAUUUUUCAUAAAAAGGUACAUAGAGCAUGAAAUAGGCAUUUAUUUUUUAAAGUAUUUUAUGUAAGGCUAAAUAAAUAAAAUAAAGUUUGAAAAAUUUUCCUACUCCUAAAGUCCUGCUUCAAAAUUAACUAUGGAACAGUUCCAUAAGAAUCCCUAGUAGUAUUCUGGUAGCCUAAAGGUCCAAAACAGAAUCAAGAGUCUUAUGCUGAAUAUGCUGUAAAAAUACUGAAUGAGAGAGUCCCUCUCCCAAGAGCCUAUAAAAUGUAACCAAUCUGUUUCCAAAGAAAAAGUGAUGAACAGAACUAAAAUACUCUUAAAAAAUUCUACUCUAAAACGUGAUUCUGUAAAAAUGACAAAAUAUCUUGACCAAAAAAACAACUAAUUUUUUUUGAGGUGGGGUGGAGGAAUAAAGGGGGAAUUUGAACAGCUCAACUGCUAUUUGCCUGUCAGUGAUACAGUUUCAAAUGUACUCACGUUAUAAUUUAAAAUGUUUUUUUUUUUUCUAAUAGCUCAGCAAAUUCAGCCUGGAAUCUGUCUCAUUUUUCCUCACACAUCAAUAAUAAAUAAAUAUUUUAAAAAG